AUGAAUAAAUGUUCUACAUGGAAUAUUCUGUCUAUAACAACAUUAGUUAUUUAUUGUCUUUUAAUUUCUUUAACAAAUUCUUGGAAAAUUGGCACAACUAGAAUACCAAAUGAUAAUGAAGAGAUUAGAAUGGAAUUAGAAAACACUCCUAUAAUGUAUGAAGAAAUAGAACCUACAUUGAAACAAAAACAAAAAUGGAUAUCUCAGACAUCUCAAGGUGAUCUACCAUGGAUACAUGGAUUAAAUCGUGCUGGUGUAAACCAAAAACCAUAUAAUACACUUGGAAGAGAACGUCGAUUCUUUUGUAAUCCAAUGGGAUGCGUCUAA